AUUUAAUUCCGAGGUUAAAGGGUAUUGAGCAAGCCUAUUCGAAAAUAGCUCUGGCUCGAAACGUGUAGCCUAGUCUAGCAAGCCAGCCAUUGCAUGAGCUUCUCAUUUAUCUGUUUGUAAACUGCCAAAUACAUUUCACAGUUGUAGAGUAUAAAAAACUUGAUAUCACCUUAAGCAUUAAUGUUUAGCUGUUAGGAAGACAGACUUGUCCAAAAGUACAGUAAGUCUGUAGUCAAAAACUACUCUACACACCACACGGCUGUGGUUCACGUCACCGACAGCUAGCUAUUUACAUCACAGGAAUAUUUCUCUGGUAGCAGAUAUUAAACCAGAGAGGGCAGAAUGGCUGGCCCAGAGUUGUUACUGGACUCCAGUAUCCGAAUGUGGGUGGUCUUACCCAUAGUGUUCAUCACUUUCUUUGUUGGAAUUAUACGGCACUACGUCACCCAGCUUCUGCACAGCGACAAGAAAGUAGAUUUGGAGCAAGUGUCUGACAGCCAGGUGCUUCUGCGCAGCCGAAUCCUGAGAGAAAAUGGAAAGUACAUUCCCAAACAGUCAUUUGCCAUGAGGAAGCAUUACUUUAAUGAUGCAGAGACUGGCUUUUUCAAAAAGGUCAAGAGAAAGGUUGUUCCCAAGAACCCAAUGACAGAUACCAGCAUGCUGACAGACAUGAUGAAGGGGAAUCUAACCAACGUGCUUCCUAUGAUUGUGAUUGGAGGAUGGAUCAACUGGGCGUUCUCUGGCUUUGUCACCACCAAGGUUCCUUUUCCCCUAACCCUGAGGUUCAAACCCAUGCUUCAGAGAGGGAUAGAGCUGCUUUCUCUGGAUGCCUCCUGGGUAAGCUCAGCGUCCUGGUAUUUCCUCAAUGUGUUUGGCCUGAGGAGUAUGUACAGCCUCAUACUGGGACAGGACAAUGCUGCUGACCAGUCCAGAAUCAUGCAGGAUCAGAUGACAGGCGCAGCCAUGGCGAUGCCCCCUGACCCCAACAAAGCGUUCAAGAGCGAGUGGGAGGCGCUGGAAAUUGUGGAACACAAGUGGGCCUUAGAGAAUGUGGAGGAAGAUCUGAUGUCACGGGAUCUCAACUUUGGUGGAUUCUUCAGCCAGGAGUUGAAAUCCACCAUGUUCUGAUACUGAGUCUCUAGCUGGUAAUCUACGGGGGGUUCUAAUGCCACUGAACUCUACUGCUGCCCUAGACCCCCUGUCUAAUUAUACAGUGUAUCCUCAUGGUCACUACAGAGCUGGUUGUAAAAAUGUCUUAAUGGUCGUUGUGAUACCAGGACCAUCUUUCUUUGCCUUAGAUGAUUUAAAAGUAUUAUACCGUUCAACUGGUUUAUUUGUUAUUUUUAUCUCAAAUGUUUGACAAUUUAAACUUUACUGCCUACCUGUUUUUUGCCUUGUUUUCAAGAUUAAGUGCUUAUGAGAGGAAUGAAGAAGCAUGUGUCUCUGCUUUAUUACUCUGCUGUUUUGAGCCUUACUAUGAAUGCUGACUGAAAUCAUAGGUAGUGACUUGAACUUUUGACAUUAUAGUUGUCUCUUUAUUUAGAAUGUCUGUUUGGUUUUUUUGAUUUUGGAUAUUAAUGUGCUGUCCUCUUUGCACGUCUUUGUUCUUAAGCAGCUUGUAUAAUUAUCACAAGUAUUGUACAUGUAAGAUGAAUGAACACUGGCUCUUCUUUGAUACUGUCUGAAUUACUUGUGUUCGUUUUGAUUAAGGACAUCCUUGAUUAGAUACAUUUAGAUUUCCUGCUACAAUACUUAACUCUUCCUUCUUCUAUCUGCUAUUUGUUCUUCCUCCUCUGGACAACUAACUACAUUUCCCACCUUUAUCACUGUCCUGCCCUAAAUACUGACCAGCUUUGUAAACUGGAAGAGAUACUGCCUUUCAAGUCCAGCUUUGUGCCAGGAAAGAGACCCCAUGUUAUUUACACCAUCUUGUUUGCCUGUGGUAGCUUUUAAAUAAAGGAUCUUAUUUGUCCCUUGA